AUGGGGGACACCGAGGAGCUGGCGACGGAAUACACCCGGGUUAGCAACACCCAAUAUGGCGCUGGGUUGUUUCUUCUCGAAAGGCUCAAUAUUGUCCCCGGCAUGAGAGUUCUUGAUGUCGGGUGCGGACCUGGAAAUCUCACAGCUCACAUAGCAGAGCUCGUUGGCGAGAAAGGCAGCGUCGUGGGCGUUGAUCCCAGCCCGGAACGCAUUGCUAUUGCACGGAGCAUUCAGAAACCAAACCUUUCGUUUUGGGAAGGCCAAGCCGAAGACCUAUCGCGAUUUCCUGCAGAGAGUUUCAACGUAAUCUACGUGAACUCGACCCUACAUUGGGUGCAGGAUCAACCAGCAGCAUUGAAGGAAUUCGCCCGCCUGCUCAAGCCACGAGGGCUACUUGGCAUUUCGGGCGGAUCAGGCGAUACUCUCACCGCACAGGAGCGGAUCAAAGCCGAUGUGCUGUCCAGAGAGCCAUACCGGAAUUAUCCAGAAGAGAGCCCACCAAGGUUUCUCAAGCAGCGCGAGCUCGAAAGCCUCCUGGACGAUGCUGGGUUCCGAGAAAGAGAUAUAGUCGUCAAUAAAAUCACAAAGUCGGCCAAGGAUGCCGAUGCAAUGAUUGACUGGUUGGAUGCAAGCUCAUCUGGAAAGACGUACGGCAGCAUCCCGCUGGAGCUCCGACCGCACGCAAGGGAAGAAAUGAAGACGGAAUGGAACAAACUUGUUGUGGAGGAUGGAAUUCAUAUGGAUAUAGAUCUUUUGGUAACUGUGGCUGUUAAACCAUAA